ACAACAUUACUGUAUGCGUAGGUUAGCUUGGUAAUUACUUAUACCUAAUUAUGACGAUUUACCUUGUUAACACCAUUACUGUUCGCCUAGCGAUGUUAUGUACGUGAAGUCUGCAGAAGGUAACGACUAUGUUGCUGAAGAAACUGUUUGGAGAUUUUAAAACUAUUGUUAGGUUCUCCUCUCGCCGCCAUGAGUUCCCAGGUCCCCAACCCCUCUUCCUUCUGUGGUUGAUGACAUCACAGAUGACCAGGAAAUGGCAGACAGUGUCAGGACCUUCAUCCACUAUGUUGCAACAGGGAUCAAGGACUCUAUUUUGGGGAUCGGCACGAUCUCCAAGCUGGACUCCCGCAUCCAGCAGAAGAGGGAGGAGCAGAGGAGGAGACGGUCCACGGGAGCGCUCGCGCUCAGACGUGCGCAGAGCGAGGAGUGCAAGCAGGAGAGCGAGCCCAAGUUAAUCAGCCGGAUCUUCCAGUGCUGCGCGUGGAAUGGUGGGGUGUUCUGGCUGAGUUUGUUUCUUUUCUAUCGGGUCUUUAUACCACUGCUUCAGGCCCUUACAGCGCGAAUCAUAGGUGACCCCUCUCUCCAUGGCGACGUGUGGACCUGGCUGGAGUUCUUCCUGACCUCGGUGUUCGGCGCCCUCUGGGUGCUGCCCCUCUUUGUGCUGAGCAAGAUCGUCAAUGCCAUUUGGUUUCAGGACAUCGCUGACCUGGCGUUUGAGGUGUCCGGUCGAAAGGCCCAACCCUUCCCCAGCGUCAGUAAGAUCAUCGCGGACAUGCUGUUCAACCUCCUGCUACAGGCCCUCUUUCUUAUACAGGGCAUGAUUGUCAGCCUGUUCCCCAUCGAUGCCAUUGGUCAGAUGGUCAGCCUUCUCCACAUGUCUCUGCUCUAUUCGCUGUACUGCUUCGAGUAUCGCUGGUUCAACCACGGCAUUGAGAUGCACCAGCGGCUGUCCAAGAUCGAGAGGAACUGGCCGUACUACUUCGGCUUUGGUUUACCCAUGGCUCUGCUGACGGCCUUGCCUUCCUCCUACAUCGUCAGUGGAUGCCUGUUCUCCAUCUUGUUCCCACUGUUCAUCAUCAGUGCCAACGAGGCCAAGACUCCAGCUAAACUUUACCACUUCCAGCUGCGCCUCUUCUCCCUGGUGGUGCUGAUCAGCAACAAGCUUUUCCACAAAACCAUGCACCUGCAGUCCUCCAUGAUGGCCUCGCCCUCCUCAGAAAGACUGUCCAGCCCCCAGGCCUCCCCGGCCCGCCAGCGCCCCCUGCCUCCUCGUUGAGGCUAUGCGGGCAGCGCCGAAAUGUGCCGGAAACAGGGGCGGCCCCACAGGAAGGAGCACUCAAACUCUCGCACCCUGAACUCAUCAGACAAGGAUGGAUUUACACUUUUGUAUUUAUUUUAUUUUAUUGUUCUUUUUUUUUUUUUUGUGAGUCGGCGGGAGUGUUAAUGAAGUGUUUCCUUUUGUGCUCCGUAGUCUGUUUCAAUACCUGUAAUGCAAAGCGAAGAGACGUGUUUCAUGUGAAUUAUGUUUGUAUGUGACUCAGUUAUGCAUGGGAUAGUAUUGCUCUGUGCCUCAGACACGUACUGACAUACAAACCUUUUUUUUUCUCACCUCAAACACAGCACGUGCCAUUUGUCUGAAGAAAUGUCACCUCACUGACACAGAAAUGCUUCAAUUUCCCUUGAUCUUUUUUUGCUACAAAAAAUCCCAUUUCUUGUUUUUAUCUUUUUUUUUUGGUCAGCCUCCCAAGUUAAUUCUUUAUAAAAGGUUAGCGCUUGAGACCAUAUAUGAUAUGAUGAAGAAAUCAAUAUUGUUGUCAUCUCCCCCCCCCUCCCCCCUAAAAAGACUAAUUGAACCCAGGAAACAUUAAGGCAUUUAUUUAUGUUAGUGUGUUCUCCGGACAGCCGUGGGUUUUGUUGUUAAGUCAGCAAAGAGGCACAGACUGAAAUCCGAGCUAUAUAUCAAAGCUUGCUGCAAGUGUGAGGCAGGUCCUCAUUCUCCUGUCGAGGGACAGGCUUGCGUGCAGGAGCACAGCACCCGGUGUCUUUUUGUAGUUUGAUUUAUUUUUAUUUUAUUUUUAUUUUUUUUCCGUGAUGAAAAAUGUUUUUUCUCUUCUUUUCUCUUUUAAAUCAAAGAAGCUGCUGCUACACGUUUUAACGGCCUUUUCUUUUCAGCGACGUCCCAGUAAAUUCGGGGAUCUGCGUAACCGGAUUUAGCGGCCUGUUCUGGAGGAAGGCUAAAAGGGAGUUUUUUUUUAAAUUUUUUAAAUGGCUUUAUGAGAAGAAUCUCAUUUUAGUGUUCGGAACAUUGUGUUUCUAUAAUAAAAAAAAUGGAUAAGCAUAAAAAUAAAAAUGCUAGAAUCCUGGACAAAGAUCUUAGGCUGUUCUGCGGUAGUGAAUAAAAAAUAAUUAUCCGGACGUGUGUGUAUGUUGAUCCUUCAGUUUGGGACAUUUGGUCCCGGGUCGUCGGGUAGAAGUUGCUGGUGGCAAGCCAGUUAUCUUUCAGCAUUUAAACAGAUAAAUGAAGAUUUAUGACUCUACUGUUGGCUGAAAGGGGAUGCUGCCAAACUGCCUGAACAAUUCAAUUUUCUGUGUCCUGGUCCUGAAGCAAGUUCUGAAGUGUAAAAGUGUGUGUUUUCUAUACUAUACUCCACAAGCCCUUACACAAUCGCGGUGUUGAUUUUCUCCCCUCCAUCGCCUGAAACACCUGCACAAAUUAGAAGCAGGCUUGAAACACAUCUGGAAAAUUUCAAAUUCAGAUUUCCCUGUGAAAAGUAGCAGUAGUAUUUA